AUGUCGACAGUCAGAGUCAGAGCCCGAGGGACUUCCACCUCUUCUACAACAGUUGUCAUAACACCGACGACAACGGUGGCUAAGCGUCCGCGCGCCUUAUCAAUAGGGCUUAUCGCGUCGUCCGUGCCUCUACCUCUUUCACCUACUCUCCCCGAUUUUGCAUCCCUGCCUCCACUUACUCUACCAACCCAGGAAGAAGAUGGUUUUAGCAAGUACGGAACCGAUUGCCAGACGGAUUCCGUUGUACCCCCACUCCUCCGCCUCCCCUCCGAACUCCUACUCCAAAUCAUUCGCUUACUGUACACCCCAUCUCCUACCCCUCCUUCGGCCAUCCCUGCACCCUUUCCCAACAAACCCAACUACAAAUCAAACAGUUCCGAUAAGGAACCCAGGGCCGAGCCAGCAUUUUUCGCACUAGCACGCACAUGCACCCAUCUCCUUGCCCACGUACGCGACGUACUCUACGAAAAGGUUGUUCUGGGGAGCGUUAAAGACUUAGCGCGGUUCAGGAGAUCCCUAAUCCCUAUCUACUCCUAUGGUUAUGGUCGAGGGGUCCGUGAAAGUGGAAGCGGGAUAGGAAAAUCGGUGCGCCAACUAGCUAUUACGUGCGACACGGACGCCGCCUAUGCGUACAAGAACACCAGUGCCCUCGUAGACGCGGAAGCGAUUCUGGGGAACGCGAAUGUUGUUCGGCAUUUGAGGAAGCUGGCCGUUCCAUCGCUUUUCGAGUUGAGAUUCCUCCCGCCUGCGGAGGGGGGCAUUGAACAAGUCUUUGUUCGAUCCGUCAACGCGGUCACUCACCCUUCCAAAUCCACCAUCACCGUCGAUUCCAGUGGAACCAGAGUCUACCCUCCCCUUCUGAGGGACACGACCCACUUCUGCGUCGCCGAGCCUUCGACAAGAGGGUGGGUCUCCCCGCGCGAGAUCUUGGACUCCGUUUUCCCUUCCCCAUCUCCCUCGCCUGCCUUUACCUCGGUCAACUCACAAUAUAAGUUAACGCACCUCCAUUUCGCGCGCCGCGCCGACGCGAACGCAGAGAAUGAUGUCGCGUUCGUCAAGGAUGUGCAGGGUAUCAUCACUUCGAACUCGGGCUCUAGGUUCCCAGAAUUGGAUUCUGUGGUGAUCUCCGUAUUUGCGCCGGAGUGGAUGGAUUCUUCCUCGACCGAGUCCGACGAAGUCGACGAGCCUGUGGGUGUCGCGGAAAAGGUAGAUACACCAUAUGAACAAUACGCGAAGGCAUCUCAUUUGUGGGGCUUGCUUGACGAUCUAAGCGGUUCCCUCACUCCUUCCGAUGCGAGGUUGGUCAUACGCGUGGGUAGAUCAGACGAGUGGACGGAAGAGUGGCAGACUCGCUCCUUGCCGAAGGCCAGGGAGGACUUGGGAUUCUGGGAACGAUGCAUUGUUGAGGAGAGGGCGCGCGAGAGAAGGGUAUCAGGGUAUUAA